UGAACCAAUUACUUUUAUUUAAGAUCUCACAUAUUAAGAGUGACUUGAUAUAUAUAGGUGUAUAUUAUAUUUGUUUUUAUAAAUUUGGUAGGAAUAUAUCACUAAAGCGGAAACCCCCACGUGUUACAUACAUGCAAAGUAUGUGAAUGAAUGAAUAACAUGCACACAUACACAACACAACCCUCGUAAUAAUAAGUUUCCAUAUUUUCUUAUUUUUAAUUUUUUAACACUAACAAAUUUCCAACCUUUGCCUUUAAUUUACCGCCUUCGGUUAUCGCCGUUGGCUUUCGUCGGAAAGAACCCACGGCAAAUCCUUUGUUCUCUACUCCAUGACCAUCUGAUCAUUCAGUAGUAUCACAUAAUAAUACGCCACCGUUUUUGGUUCCUCCGCUGAUAGCCAACGCCUUCGCUUUUCUUCCAUCUUCAAACCACCAUUUAUUUUAUAUAAAAGUAACCUCGCUUUUAUUCAAUGGUGGAAGACAAGCCAGAGUCCGUGGUUUACCUCCACGGUGACCUUGAUUUGAAAAUCAUAGAGGCACGGUGCUUGCCGAAUAUGGAUUUGGUCUCGGAGCGUGUUCGCCGAUUUUUCGCAGCUUUCAAAACUUGCCAUUCGCCAUUUUCAAGCAGUCACAAGCAUAAGGUUCACCGGAAUAUAAUCACCAGCGAUCCCUACGUCACCGUCUGCCUUGCCGGAGCAAGAGUUGCUCGAACUCGCGUCAUCUCCAAUAACCAGAACCCCAAAUGGAACGAGCGCUUCAAGAUUCCUUUGGCACAUCCAGUCUCUCACAUUGAGUUCUAUGUUAAAGACAACGACAUGUUCGGAGCCGAUCUGAUCGGAGUUGCGUCGGUCUCUGCUCAGAAAAUAUUAACCGGCGAGGCGAUUAGCGAUUGGUUCCCAGUGAUCGGCUCAUUAGGGAAACCGCCCAAACCCAACUCCGCUAUCAAAAUCGAGAUGAGAUUUACAAAAUGCGACGACAACCCAAUGUAUCGCUUCGGCAUAUCGUCCGAUCCAGACAAUUACGGAAUCAGAAAUUGCUAUUUUCCGGUCAGGCAAGGAGGGUCGGUGACGCUGUAUCAGGAUGCCCAUUUUCCGGAUUCGAUGGGCAACAAAAUUGAAUUGGAUAAUGGGGCUCUGUUCAAGCAGGAAAAGUGUUGGGAGGACAUUUGUCACGCCAUUUUAGAGGCCCAUCAUAUGGUUUACAUUGCUGGUUGGUCAAUCUAUCACAAGGUGAAGCUGGUGCGAGAGCCAACUAAGCCAUUGCCUAGUGGUGGGAAUUUGAAUUUGGGGGAAUUGCUCAAGUAUAAAUCCCAAGAAGGAGUACGAGUUCUUCUUCUUGUUUGGGAUGAUAAGACUUCACAUAGCAAAUUUUUUCUCAAUACGACUGGAGUUAUGCAAACUCAUGAUGAAGAGACCCGCAAGUUUUUCAAGCACUCGUCUGUUACAUGUGUGUUGUCACCUAGAUAUGCCAGCAGUAAGCUUAGCAUUUUCAAGCAACAGGUCGUUGGAACCCUCUUUACGCAUCAUCAGAAAUGUGUAAUUGUGGAUUCACAAGCACCGGGGAAUUACAGGAAGGUAACUGCCUUUAUAGGAGGUCUGGAUCUUUGUGAUGGCCGCUAUGACACACCUCAGCAUCGACUAUUUCGUGAUCUUGACACUGUAUUUCAGGAUGAUUAUCACAAUCCAACUUUUUCUGCUGGAACUAAGGGUCCAAGGCAACCAUGGCAUGAUUUACAUUGCAAAAUUGAAGGUCCUGCAGCAUAUGAUGUGCUUAAAAAUUUUGAGCAACGUUGGAGAAAAGCUACAAAAUGGUCAAAAUUGGGGCAACAUUUUAAGCGGGUUUCUUAUUGGCAUGAUGAUGCUUUGAUAAAGUUGGAUCGCAUAUCUUGGAUUCUUAGUCCUUCUCCUGGAAUUCCCAAUGAUGAUCCUGCAUUAUGGGUUUCCAAGGAAGAUGAUCCUGAAAACUGGCAUGUUCAGGUUUUCAGAUCUAUAGAUUCAGGAUCUUUGAAAGGAUUUCCUAAAGAUAUUUAUGUAGCAGAGGCUCAGAAUCUUGUCUGUGCAAAAAACUUGGUUAUAGAUCAGAGCAUUCAAACAGCAUACAUCCAAGCAAUCAGAGCUGCACAACAUUUCAUUUAUAUUGAGAAUCAAUAUUUUAUCGGGUCAUCGUAUGCAUGGCCUGCUUACAAAGAUGCAGGUGCUGAUAAUUUAAUCCCCGUCGAGUUGGCUUUAAAGAUUGCUAGUAAAAUAAGAUCCAAAGAGAGAUUUGCUGUGUAUAUUGUGAUGCCAAUGUGGCCUGAAGGUGUACCAUCUUCGGCUACAGUGCAAGAAAUACUAUUUUGGCAGGGACAAACAAUGCAAAUGAUGUAUGAAGUUGUAGCAGAAGAAUUGAAAUCCAUGCACAUUGAGAAUGCACAUCCACAGGACUAUCUAAACUUUUACUGUCUUGGUAAUCGAGAGGAAUUGCCCAAAGGAGAGACACCUAACCAUACUUCAAAGGGCGGAGACACGGUUUCAGCCUCACAAAAGUUUCAACGAUUUAUGAUCUAUGUUCAUGCCAAAGGUAUGAUAGUAGACGAUGAGUAUGUUAUAAUAGGUUCAGCCAAUAUUAACCAAAGGUCUAUGGCUGGUUCAAGAGACACUGAGAUAGCCAUGGGUGCAUAUCAGCCUUAUCAUACGUGGGGUAAGAGAAAACGACAUCCACAUGGCCAGGUGUACGGAUACAGAAUGUCACUUUGGGCAGAGCACUUGGGGGUGGUAGAAGAUGGAUUCAAAGAGCCUGAAAGUUUGGAUUGUGUGAAACGAGUGAACCAAAUAGCUCAAGUUAAUUGGGAGAAUUUCGUAGCAGAGGAGUUUGCACCAUUGCAGGGUCACCUGAUUAAAUACCCAGUAGAGGUAGAUGCUAAUGGGAAGGUUGGUCCCUUGCCUGGACGAGAGACUUUCCCUGAUGUUGGUGGUAAAGUGCUUGGAUGCCGUUCUAACCUUCCUGAUGCUCUAACUACAUGAGCUAUUCAUUCCUAUAACUCUUCUCAGUUUUGGUAACUUCACCCCCCAAACUACUAAUCAAUAUAUUUAGUUGACUAAUUUAUAUAUAUAUAUAUAUAUGUAUACAUAUGUAUAUAUAUGACCUUGUAAUAUGUUACCCUUCAUACAUAGCUGUCAGUCCAAUUGGUUUCACAUUAACUGUCCGAAGUAAUAUAGAUGGAAAUCAGGUUCUAAUUUCACUAAACAAAUUGUUCAAUUGUAUUGUUUAUUAUCAAAAUUUAUAUAUACGUACGUACAGUAUGUGUUUGAAGCUACUCUUGCAAUUCCCUUAUGAUCAUAUCCGAAAACUAUUAUAACCCUUAUAUUAGAAAAACAUAAUAAUUUACCUCUUUUCUGGUUUCUAUUGGCUGUUGUAUCUCAUUUUAAACGAUCAUCGACAAUAGUAAGUUGAAUGCAAAGUGUAGUAUGCUGGAUUUGGAAUGUGAAUUGGUUUUAUUGACAAAUUAUUACCAAUUUUUUUUGGCUUAACACCAAUUUAUUUUAUUUACUUCCGUUUCACUUAGUUUCUAUAAGCAUUUUUUUAGUUUUUUAGAAUUAAAAAAACACUUCUAAAUGUGUUUGGAUAAAAAUAAUUAUCUAAACAGUCAAAAUAAAUUGAAGCUUAUACUUAUAUUAUUAUAAUGAUCUAAUUCUAGCUUAAGUAGAAACUGAAUUUUGAAUCUUCAAAAUCUUCACAUCAAGUCGUAUAUAGCAAACAAAACACAAAAUAUAUUUAGCAUAAACAAGAAUUCUCAAAAUUAACACACUCGUAUAUAUAUAUAAUAUUGUCGUACUUAUAGUCCUAGGAGUGUACUGCAAGCAUUGUACUGCACUACAAAUUGUACUAGCUAGUUAGUACUUGAAGUUACAAGACAAUAUAAAAUCAUUCUUCCUAUGUAUAAACAUGAACGAUUAUGUUCUUCACCCUCCUCUGUUCUUCUUAGAUCCAUUAUUUUCGUCAAAUGAUGCUCGCAUAUCGAUCCAAGAGACUAUACACAUAUAGUCGUGUUAUUGCUUAUAUAUAUAGAUGUAUGUAUAUGUAUAUAUUGUAGGUGAGAUGGACCAUUAAGGUGAAUUAGGUGCGGUGCAGUGGAGUUUAUCCAAUUCCAGAUAUAUGGCUUCAGAUAUCAAAAGGUUUGUGUUACAACUUAGAAUUUUCAUUUCUUUUCAUGGUUCUUAUUACUUUGAUCGAGAAAGCAAAUUGUUAGAUUUGUGGUAGUUUAGUUUAUUCGGAAGACCAAAAUGUAGAAAACCUCUUUAUAUGGAUAUGUAGGUCCAUCCACAUAAAACUUCCUUUCGUUCACUCUUUUUUAAUUUUAUGUAUCAACAAUAAGAAUAAAAAUAAAAAAAUCUGUUAAAAAAUCUCCUUUAAUUUUCUAUGUACCUUUAAAACUGAUUUUCAUAGAACGGUUUUAGGUAAUUUAAGUCAAGACACAGCUUGAAAAUAGUUUAAUAUAUCCGAAACUCACAUUAACAAUUAUUUGAAAAGAGCAAUAAUGCCCAUUGUUAAGGAUUUUAGAUAAACUGACAUUAACAAUAAUUAUUUGAAAGUCUAUAUAAUAAUAAUCCUUUGUUCUCAUUUUUGUUUUAAUAUCAAUGCUAAAAGAACAGGGCAAAUUGGAUAUGUUAAUGUAUAUAUAGAUGAUAAAUAAACAAAUUUCUGAAGAAAAAAACACACGUAUAGAGAGUACGUACCGGCCUCACACAUUAAUUUUCGUAUGAUAAUUAAGAUAAAAAUUAAGGAACAAACGAAGUAAAAAAAGUUAAGAAGAAAUAAAAGAUAAGAUAAUUAAAUUUAAAUUAAAGAAAAUGGAGAACAUAUAUAAAUAGAUCUCAGUUACAUUAUAUAUAGGUGCAACAACUUAAUUAAUUAACAGUGACUUUGCCAACCAUACCAGCUCCCUGGUGAGGAGCACAGUAGAAGGAGUAAGAACCUUUCUCAGUCAAAGUAACAGCGUAGGUCUCUCCAGGGGCGUUAAGAAGGUCUUCCUCAGACAUGGAAAUCUUUGAUGCGUCCACACCACUUGGAACCUCGUCCUCGUCGAAAACAACGUUGUGAGGGAACCCAGCAUUGUUCUUGAACACAAUCUUAUCUCCAGAGCUGAUGGUGAAGUUGUUAGGCUCGAAUACCAGCCCACCGUCACUGCUUCCCAACAAAACGUCCUGAGCCAUGGCGCUGCUCGCAAGUAUGGCGCUAGCUGCGGUUGCAGCCACAAUAACACCCACGUCCUUGAGCGAAGCCUUGAUCAAGCUCAUCUUCGCCACUGGGGUGCUGACUACUUUAACACCAGUGGUGGUGUUCAUCAUUUUGGUGGAGCCGGCGGUGACCUUGAGGCCGGUGAAUGAUGGGAUGGUGACUGAUGCAGAUGUCAUGGUGGCCAUGGUAAGUGGUGAGAGUGUGGAUUGGAUUGGAUUGGAUUGAGAGAGGGGAUC